AUGGGACCCCCGGCUCAGCUGAGACCCCCGGUUCUGGUGGGAUCUGGUGGGACCCCCGGUUCUGGUGAGAACCCCGGCUCCGCUGGGACCCCUGGCUCCUCUUGGAUCCCCGGCUCCGCUGGGACCCCCGGGCUCUGGUGCCACUCCAGCCUGGCCAGGAGUCCCUGGCGGUUCCUGGGGUGCCACUCCCACCAGGAUGGGGGUUCCUGGGGUGUGACACUGGCCAUGUCCCAUGCCCAUGGGUGCCCCCUGCUGGCACAGGUGGUGCUCUCACGCCAGUACGGCUCCGAGGGUCGCUUCACCUUCACGUCGCACACGCCGGGCGAGCACCAGAUCUGCCUGCACUCCAACUCCACCCGCAUGGCCCUGUUCGCCGGGGGCAAGCUCAGGGUGCCCCUGGACAUCCAGGUGGGCGAGCACACCAACAACUACCCCGAGAUCGCCGCCAAGGACAAGCUGACGGAGCUGCAGCUGCGCGCCCGGCAGCUGCUGGACCAGGUGGAGCAGAUCCAGAAGGAGCAGAACUACCAGAGGUACCGCGAGGAGCGGUUCCGCAUGACGAGCGAGAGCACGAACCAGCGCGUGCUGUGGUGGUCCAUAGCCCAGACCAUCAUCCUCAUCCUCACCGGCAUCUGGCAGAUGAGGCACCUCAAGAGCUUCUUCGAGGCCAAGAAAUUGGUCUAGCCCCCCCCC